AUGCUAACAACCUGCAAUUCCACUUCUUCCACAAUCACUACCAAUGAUGAUGUAUCUACUACCCCACAAUUUGAUACCCUCAGCAAUUCAACUGAAUCAAUUGAUAUUCUUCCAGAUGAACUCAAAUUGGAAAUCCUCAAGAACCUACUGCAGUAUGAAUACGUCAACUUGUUGCGAGUGAGCAAGUCGUGGCAUAGGCUUGUAUUCCCUUUACUUUAUGAUCAUAUCAUAAUUGAUGCCAAUUUUAGUACAUUUAACAAUAUAUGUCCCUUAAUUGGUCGAAGCUAUCUUCAUAGUUCAUAUAACGUGAAACUGUUUAUCAAAACCAUAAACACCAUGAAACAAGUACCACGAAUUACGAAAUUCGAUGUUGUUGAUCUUCCAUAUUCAUUGGGAAUUCAGGAUGAAUCAACUCGAAUAUUUGUCAAGUUAUUUCAGAAAUUAACAGAUUUAAACGAAUUGGUUUGGUUAGAUGACAAUUUCAGGUUUGAAUUCUUGAUUAAUCUACCGAAUAAACCUAAGGUUAAUACUUUGAUAUUAAAUAUUACUCAUGAUACAUAUCUGAAUGCGAAGUUUUGUGAAUCUAAGAAAUUGAAUUUUACUAAUCUCAAGAAUUUUCAAAUUAUACCGUUUAUGGAUUGUGAUCGAUUGCUUAAAAUAAUCAAUAAUAUGGUGAUUAAUGUGAAUGAUCCAAAAGUUAUUGGACAAAAUUUGGAAUCGUUGGUAUUAUCAGGGACAAUAAAGCAUGAUGUUUCAUAUAAUCAGAUAAUAGAGAAUACAAUAAAUGUAUUUAAUAAAAGCAAGAUAACUUAUUUGGAUAAUCUAUCGGUCUUAUCUUUGGAAAAUUUAAGAAUAAUGGAAGAUGAUGCCAAUACAUUAAUCAAAUCAAUUAAUCUAAAACACCUAAAAACAUUGCAUUUACAAGGAAUAUUAGGAGUCACAGACUCAACCUUCUUCGAAACAAUCACACCCUAUCUAACAAACCUCCAAAUCCUAUCCGUUCACAUCACCGAAUCUGAAUCCCGAAAAGUUCUUGAAUUCAUAUCCGAUCUCCCAACUCGGUUACAAGAACUCGAUGUAACUCUAUUCGCAUCCACUUUCCACCACAUGGAAACCUACAUCAACCCUAUCAUCCGCCACAACACCCUAUCUAAACUAUCACUCGAAAUCCCUUCCUGGCCUCAGACUGCUCCGCAUCAAUCGAUCAAACGAUCUACCAAGACUAGUGAAAAACCUACCCCAUCUAGUCUUUCUCGAUGUAUUAUGUCCUCAUCCACUCCUGGUGGUGACAUAUGGUGGAAGGGAACACUUGGGACAAGCGUGGGCGGAGUGUGGUGGGUCUGUAUUGAGAUAUAUUAG